CGCAUGCGAGCGAGAACUUGAUCUGUUAUCCAGACCGUCAUGUCCAUCUCUGAUAAAUCCAUAUAUCAACGAUGUCCUCCCUCCUUCUGUUUCUGAUCUUACUGCAACUCGGAUCUUCGAUCGGUUGACUUGUCAUCUGUUCCCUCUUUGACAAAUUUGGGUUCCUCUCCUCGAUUCGCCCUGGUUACAAUAUGGAUUCGAUGGACAUCGUGGGGAAAUCAAAGGAAGACGCUUCCCUUCCUAAAGCAACUAUGACAAAAAUUAUUAAAGAGAUGCUACCCCCUGAUGUACGUGUCGCAAGAGAUGCACAAGAUCUAUUGAUUGAAUGCUGUGUAGAGUUCAUAAACCUUGUAUCAUCAGAGUCCAAUGAAGUCUGUAAUAGAGAGGAUAAACGGACAAUUGCACCAGAGCAUGUAUUGAAGGCUUUACAGGUUCUUGGAUUUAGUGAGUACAUUGAGGAAGUUUACGCAGCAUAUGAGCAGCAUAGGAUCGAGACCAUGCAGGACUCUUUAAGAGCUGGCAAGUGGAGCAAUGGAGCCGAUAUGACUGAGGAGGAAGCAUUGCUGGAGCAGCAAAGGAUGUUUGCAGAGGCGCGUGCUAGGAUGAACGGUGGGGCCGUUGCUUCCAAGCAGCCAGAUGCUGACCAAACUUUAGAUAGCUAAUUUUUAUCAGGAUAAAUUUAUUUUUCUUCAAGUAUAGGCAAAGCAUAUCUCUGCUUCUCAGUAGUUCCACUAUGUACAAAAAAGCAUGUGCUAACUCGCCUGCCCUGGGCAGAUGUGCUAGUUGUUUGAACCCUAUGAAACCGCAUAUUUGGAAGUUAAUGUAAGUAGUGAGGGUUCAUGAAAACCCACCUUUAUUGAUUAUUACGUGUGACUAUUCUGCUUCA